UCCUGAUCCUGGCGCUUCUCCCGCGGCUGAGUUUCGACCCGGGCGCUCUUGCGGGUCUUGGCCCGUGCCACCACUUUCUCAGAAGAGCGCCCGAGAGGCGUGAAGGUGGCUCUAGGGUAGCGGUUCGGAGCUCCGGGGAGGUGGGGUGGGGCGGGAGGGAGGAUGAGCGCCCCGGGCACCGAGAGCGCCGGGAAGAGCCUGCAGUGCCGAGUGGACCACCUGCUGAGCGCGGUGGAGAGCGAGCUGCAGGCCGGCAGCGAGAAAGGCGACCCCACCGAGCGCGAGCUGCGCGUGGGCCUGGAGGAGAGCGAGCUGUGGCUGCGCUUCAAAGAGCUCACCAAUGAGAUGAUUGUGACCAAGAACGGCAGGAGGAUGUUCCCGGURCUGAAGGUGAACGUGUCCGGCCUGGACCCCAACGCCAUGUAUUCUUUCCUGCUGGACUUCGUGGCCGCCGAUAACCACCGCUGGAAGUACGUGAACGGCGAGUGGGUGCCCGGCGGCAAGCCGGAGCCGCAGGCGCCCAGCUGCGUCUACAUCCACCCMGACUCRCCCAACUUCGGCGCCCACUGGAUGAAGGCGCCGGUCUCCUUCAGCAAAGUCAAGCUCACCAACAAACUCAACGGAGGGGGCCAGAUCAUGUUGAACUCCCUACAUAAGUACGAGCCUCGCAUUCACAUAGUGAGAGUCGGGGGUCCCCAGCGCAUGAUCACCAGCCACUGCUUCCCGGAGACCCAGUUCAUAGCAGUGACAGCCUAUCAGAACGAGGAGAUCACAGCUCUUAAAAUUAAAUACAAUCCAUUUGCCAAAGCUUUCCUGGAUGCUAAGGAAAGAAGUGAUCACAAAGACAUGAUAGAAGAUGUGGGGGAUGGCCAGCAGCCKGGGUUCUCCCAAUGGGGGUGGCUUCUUCCUGGAACCAGCACCCUCUGUCCACCGGCCAGCCCCCACCCUCAGUUUGGAGGCCCCCUCUCUCUCCCUUCUACCCACGGCUGCGAAAGGUACCCGGCCCUGAGGAACCACCGCUCAGCCCCCUACCCCAGCCCGUACGCUCAUCGGAACAAUUCUCCAACCUACUCCGACAACUCGUCUGCCUGCCUGUCCAUGCUGCCGUCCCAUGAGAACUGGUCCAGCCUCGGGGUGCCUGCCCACGGCAGCAUGCUCCCAGGGAGCCACAGUGCCAGCCCUCCCGCCGGCUCCAGCCAGUACCCCAGCCUGUGGUCUGUGAGCAACGGCACCAUCACCCCAGGCUCCCAGACGGCCGGGGUGUCCAACGGCCUGGGSGCCCAGUUCUUUCGCGGCUCCCCCGCACACUAUGCACCCCUCACCCAUGCAGUGUCCGCCGCCUCGUCCUCGGGCUCCCCACUGUAUGAAGGGGCUGCCACGGUCACAGACGUUCCUGAGAGCCAGUAUGACGCCUCGGCCCAAGGCCGCCUCCUCACCUCCUGGACACCCGUAUCCCCGCCUUCCAUGUGA